GCAUGUCUUGUAGUCAUGCCCGGUGGUAUCUCCUCAGAUGUGACGUCCACCACCGUGCCCACGGCAGUCGCAGAGCGCCUGAUGAACAACGCGUCUACAACAGAGGCGCACACCACCCACAGGAGCCCCUGCCCCACGGGCGACCCUCCCCUGGGGUACGACGGCUUCUGUCUGCACGGGGGAGAGUGUCUGUACCUGGCCGAGUUACAGGAGGCCUCAUGCCGGUGUUUGGAGAUGUACUGGGGCCGGCGGUGUCAGUACCACAUCCCGUUCUCCCAGGCGGGACAGAAGUCGGAACUCCCGGACACGUACAUCGUCAUCGGCGUGCUGUCUGCUGUACUCACACUUGUAAUAGUGGGAGGGAUCGUUCUACUAGUCAGGAGAUGUCGAAGAGAAUCUGACAGUGAGGGGCCAAGACACACGCACUUGGAGAAAGGACAGUCUACAGACAGACUCACACAAGACGUAUAGCGGAUGAUAUAACAGCAGAACUUCAAAAGAAGGCGGUCACUAGCCACUAUCCUCAAGACUGUAACUAGCAGAUUCCUUGCGGGCAAGUUCUGCCAGUUGACGACCGAAAAUCAUCGGAAUAAACUUGAAGAAAACCUGGCCUGCAGAAUUCUAUACUCCAUCUAUAGAGGAAACAGUUGUCUAGACGUGUGUACGCUAUGUAAAUAUGUUUUGAAGAAAUUAAUGAAUAUUUGAGUGAAAACGCUAAUAACGUUCCAGAAACUGUGUAGAUCAGCUAAAUACAAAACGAUUUAUUGUAAACUUUUAACAUACGGUUACUUACAAAAGUAUUCCUAAUUUAUUUGUAUAAUUGAAGUUACAAUGUGAGAAACUUGUACAGUCUGUAUUUUUUAUAAAUGUUGCGAGUUGUGGUGAAA